UCCAGAACAGACUUCCUUCAUGUCAUCUUUCUUUUUCUCUCCCCCCGCCCCACGGUCCAGACUCCAGAACAGAGCACGCCAUGGCCUAAAAGCUUAACAUAAGAAGCCAAAACGGCACAUUACUAAACCUGCUUUACGGAGCAGAGACCCAGAAAAGUUAUAGCAUAAGCAACCUCUGUAACUAAACUAAACUCCUCUUUCUUCUUUCUUCCUCAACAGAGAAAUGGCUGCCUGCAAAUCAUUUCUCCUUCUGCUAUUCACCAUUUUCAUGGCGCUAAAACCAGCAAAUUCAUUACCGGCGGUUUUUCCCACACCAACACAUUUCCAGUCUCUGUUCAAACAAGCUAAGAACCCCAAACCAAACAUCCCAUACAGCUCCCAUUACUUUCCCCAAGUACUAGACCACUUCACUUUCCAACCCAAGAGCUCCAAAAUCUUCUACCAGAAGUACCUAAUCAACCGCCAUUACUGGCACCAAGGAGCUCCUUUAUUUGUCUAUACUGGAAAUGAAGGGGAUAUUGAGUGGUUUGCUGCUAACACUGGAUUCUUACUUGACAUUGCUCCCAAGUUCCAAGCUCUGGUAGUUUUCGUCGAGCAUAGGUUUUAUGGGGAGUCCAUGCCGUUUGGAAAUGAGUCUUACAAGUCAGCAGAGACAUUAGGGUACUUGAAUUCACAGCAAGCAUUGGCUGAUUUUGCAGUCUUGAUUACCAGCUUGAAGCAGAAUCUGUCCUCUGAAGCUUCUCCUGUUAUGGUCUUUGGUGGUUCUUAUGGAGGAAUGCUAGCAGCUUGGUUUAGACUGAAAUACCCUCAUAUAGCCAUGGGUGCUUUGGCAUCUUCAGCUCCUAUUCUCCAGUUUGAUGACAUUGUUCCAUGGUCAAGUUUUUAUGAUGCAGUCUCUCAAGAUUUCAAGGAUGCAAGCUUGAAUUGCUUUGAAGUGAUAAAGGGGAGCUGGGAAGAGCUUGAAGCUCUCUCGGCUCAAAGAGAAGGCCUGGCUGAAUUGAGCAGGACAUUCAGAACUUGCAAGGACCUUCAUUCAAUCUAUUCAGCUAGGGAUUGGUUAUGGACAGCUUUUGUUAGUACUGCCAUGGUUAAUUAUCCAACAGAUGCCAAUUUCAUGAUGCCAUUACCUGCCUAUCCUGUGCAACAGAUGUGCAAAAUCAUCGAUGGAUUCCCAGCAGGAGCUACUAGGCUUAGCCGGGCCUUUGCAGCUGCAAGCUUAUAUUACAAUUAUUCACAAGCAAGAAAAUGUUUCGACAUAGAACAUGCAGCUGAUGUUCAUGGACUUCAUCUUUGGGACUGGCAGGUAUGUACGGAGAUGGUGAUGCCCAUGACUUGCUCUAAUCAGAGUAUGUUUCCUUCAUCGGGUUUUGAUUAUCAAGAGUUUGCAGAACAGUGCAUGAAGACACAUGGAGUGAGACCUAGACCGCACUGGAUAACAACUGAAUUUGGUGGUAAAAGAAUCGAGCAGGUGUUAAAAAGAUUUGGCAGUAACAUCGUAUUUUCCAAUGGAAUGCAAGAUCCCUGGAGCAGAGGAGGUGUGCUGAAAAAUAUAUCUGCCAGCAUCAUUGCUCUUGUCACCGAGAAAGGAGCUCACCAUGUCGAUUUUCGAUCUGCUACGAAGGAUGACCCAGCUUGGCUAAAGGAGCUGAGGAGGCGAGAAGUUGAGAUUAUUCAAAGAUGGAUAAAUGAGUAUUAUGCAGAUUAUAGAUAAGGGUAAAGAAGGUUUGAGUAAUUAUAAUUCAAAACUGAAUGUAGAUGUUGAAUUCCUGAAACAAAGGGGGAAUCACAAAUCACACAUUUUACUUUGUACCCAGUUUAGGAAUCUGCUAGAUUUCAUCUCCUUUCUCAUUUUUUUAAACUUAUGAAACAAAAUCUAAUUAGUAAAUGUUUUGUGAGCUGAGCUACCCUCCAUAUCCUCGAGUAUGAUAGAUAUUUUUAUCA